CUGAGUUUUCAUAUCGUUAACAUGGUAUCAGACAGUUGCCUUUAAUUGCACCCCUGACCGAUCAAUUUCUUCUCUCCCAAGUCCACCAUCAUGGUUGAAACCGAUCACUCUCUUCCCUAUGCCACCCUUAUUCACAUGAUCACUUUUAAGCUUUCUUCUGCAAAUUAUCUUCUAUGGUGGCAUCAAGUUGAAACCCUUCUUCAAUUUGAGGAUCUUUUUGGGUACCUUGACAGUUCCAUACCAACCCCGCCCCAUGACUCUUCUGACGCCUCCUCUGCUCAAGAUGUGAAUGAUUGGAUUGCGCAAGAUCGCUGUCUUCACACUCUCCACCUGACCACCUCUCCUCUCUUUCUGAAGAAGCUAUGUCUGAAACCUUGGUUGCAAAAUUGCUGCGGAUGUUUGUACUGCCCUUGAAAAGGCAUAUGCUCUUCAGCCUAAAGUCCGUGAAACUCAAUUAAUGCAUGAACUUUAGACACUCUGUCGUGAUUCACUUUCAGUUGACGAAUACCUAACUAUGGCAACAUGUCCUCUGAAUUAAUUUGGAUUCUUCACGUUCUUCGUGAAUUGAGUGUUCCACUCACCACAUCCCAUAUGUUGCAUAUAUGAUAAUAAAAGUUCUUUUUCCGUCUCAGAAUCCUGUCGCUCACAAACGCGCCAAACAUAUUGAUAUAGAUUAUCAUUUUGUUGGGGAGUUAGUUUCUGCCGGCAAGCUACUUGUUAAACAUAUUCCUUCAAAUUUUCAGCUUGCACAGAUAUAUUUAAUAAGGGCCUUACUCAUUCUUGUUCAAGUUAUUUUCGUUCCAAGCUUCAAGGGCCUGUUCGUAUCAACAAUUCUAGCCCAUCUCUUUUGCUUAAAAACUGUAAUAUAUGUAAUUACAUAGUGGGUUUUCAUAUCAAUAAUUCAAAGUUAAUCUAGGGUCUAACAGCAUCUCCAAUGCUCUUGCUUUUAACACUAAAAAUUCCAGCCACGUAACCACAUGCGUAACUGUUUCUAUUUGUUUUGCUCCAAA